AGGGCUCAUUGCUUCUUUGCGACGAUCUUCUCCUGUCUACAUAACCGCAUCCAACCUUGAAUCCCAGGCGCGCUACUUAUCGACACUUGGUCUACCGCAUAUCAAUCUUACCAUCGUACCUCGAAAGUAACCCUCUCCCCCACCCAUAGAACCGUCGACCCAAGAACACCCCGAAAAAGACCGCCCAAAAUGCCGAAAGCAGAAGUUGGCUCGACGAAGCACCUGAACAACAAGCUCAAGAGCAAAGGCCUCCAGCGGCUGCGCUGGUACUGCCAGGUGUGCGAGAAACAAUGCCGCGACGAGAACGGCUUCAAGAUGCACACGCAGUCCGAGUCGCACGUGCGGCAGAUGAUCGUCGUCGGCGAGGACCCCAAGAAGUUCCUCAACGAGUACAGCAACCAGUUCCUCCGCGACUUCACCCAGCUGCUGCGGACGGGGCACGGCGAGAAGCAGGUGCAGAUGAACCACUUUUACCAGGAGUAUAUUGCCAACAAGGAGCACGUGCACAUGAACGCGACGAAGUGGCCCAGCUUGACCGAGUUUGCGAAGCACCUGGGCCGCGAGGGCAUCUGUCGCGUCGAGGAGAACGAGAAGGGAAUACACAUUGCGUGGAUCGAUAACUCGCCAGAUGCGCUCAAGAGGCAGGAGGCCUUGAGGAGGAAGGAGGCGCAGGAUCGGGGCAACGAGGAGGUUGAGCAGAUGAUGAUUCGGGAGCAGAUCAAGAGGGCGCAGAAGGCGGCCGAGGCGAGGGGCGAGAAGCCUGAUGACGAAGAAGAGCGGGAGAGGGGGCUGCAGAGGACAGAAGGAGAAAAAGUGUCAUUGUCAUUUGGUGCCAAGCCCGCGGUAGCGAAGAAGGAGCCCAGCCCGACGGGAGCGCAGUCCAAGCCAGCCGAACCCGAGGCCUCGCCUACGGCGACGAAUUUGGCCCCUACAGAGGUGUCGAAGAAGACGGAGGAUAAGCCUGCCGAGAAGCCGUCCCUCGGAGGCGGUCUAUCGCUCAAGAUGACGGCGAAGCCCCAGACCAAAAAUGUGUUUGCUCAGGCCAAGAAGAACGCGCUAGCGGGCGGCGCGAAGAAGUCUGCCUUUGAACAGCCGAAAAAGAUGAGCGAGGCGGAAAGGAUCAUGAAGGAAGACAUGGAGAGGCAAAAGGGGAAACGAUCAAGAGAAGGGGGAUCCGGUUUCGGCGGGUUUGCAUUCAAGAAGCAAAAGACGGAUCAGCGGUGAUCCCAACUUUAGGUCAGGGGAUUGAUCCUGUCUCGCGUCGACAGGCGUUUUGGUUUACAGUAGGGG